UGGCACCGAAGACCCCCGAGAAGCCCAUUAUGGACGAUCCAACUGCGUUGGAGCUUCUAUACCAGCCUAUAAUCCUUGAGAAUGCACUGAAUCGUGUCAUCAAGCAGUAUCGGGAUGUGUCUGGCGAGUCUCGUGACUCCGAAGGACUCUCUGCAUUCAUCAGUGGACGCAUUUCAAUCCUUCGUCAACAAGCUCGCACAGUCACAGCAAUCGCAAUACUCCAAGGGCAUGAACACACCAUAUAUGUCGUAGCUUCGAACCACAGAAGUGUCGAGGAGCUUCAGAAGGUGAAGGUCUUUCUUGCGAGACUCCUUGGUUUAAUCCACAAAAACCCAAAUGAACUGCAACGUAAACCUUUGACUAAACAGAUCAUUUGGCGAAUAUUGUCGUUCAACUUCCCCCGAGUGAAGGCGUACUUGGAUAAUCUCCUGAGGCACCUGGAUGCAUGCAUUGCUGAUUGCAAGCGACGGGAACAAUCGCAGUCCACCUCGGAACUGGAAAAGGAGUUACGCAUGCUCUAUUCCAGAGCAGACUUUACAAAGGAUAUUACGUCCGAAAACGAUAAGCAGAAGUUCCUCAGUGACUGCGAGACACUUCUCAAGAGCAUUCACGCGAACAAGGAAAAUAGGAUCGGCGAGGCCAUACUGAAGAAGUCCAAUAAUAGGGCCAUGCUGAGUUCGGAGUCUUGGUGUGAGCUGCGUCACUACCUCGGGCGGUUGCUGUCGUAUCGACAGGCCGCUGAGGUUAUCGUAGCGGCAUACGAACGGUGGCCUGAGCUUUUUCAAAAAUUCGCCAUUAUCCCUGUCCCUUCAAGCACUAAAAUGGCCAAGCCCAUUUCCAACCCAGAGCUUAGUGCCGCUGACAUCGUGAGGAACUUGCUCUGGGAGGAUGAAGAUCCCGAGCCUUACCUGCAGCAAGCAGCGGACAUGCAAGCUAUCGGCCUAGACGAUGAAAUCAGACAACAAAUCAACAAGAAGUCUUUCCGGCCGAUUGUUCACGCUGAAGUCCAACUUCACUCGGCUCUUAUCAGGCAGGGAAUAGUCCAUCCCCGACAGUUCUGGAAUAGGUACAAGUAUAUCGGCAGCAGCAAACAGACCUGCCGUCUAUGCUGGUACUAUUUCUGUGCGCACGGGGACGAAAUGCAAGUGCGGCCAACGCACCGAAACAUUUACCUUAACUGGCGUCUUCCGGAUGUUUACAAGAGCCAGGGGCCUUCUGAGGUACGAACACGCCGCCAGCUGCUGGAGCGUUUAACGGACCAUGUCCGCAAAGAUACCAAACGCACGCUCGAUGAGAAACUCCCAUCGAGAAGGAAGCACGACUCAACGGACCAAUCCCGAGUACCUAGCUUCUUCAAUCCGAGCACCGAUGACUUGUCAAUUCUCAGCGAUUUGGUGUCUGAGACGUCUAGACGCUAUGCUAACUUGAACCUGGGCGACAGUGAUAACCAGGAGAUGGUCAACGAUAAUAGUUCGUGGAGUCUUGUGGUAGGCGAGGAUGGCUUCGAUAACGAAGAGCAAGAGGGCGGAGCAUCUAUAAUCAACGAGUGA